CAGUCCAGGAUCUGGUCAAAGGAGGAUCUGAAAUGGCCAGUUGUUCAGGAUGUGGACCAGGAUACCGCAGCCCCUUGGACGCCAUGAAGGGUCCUCGGGAGCAGAUAGUUUACCUGCCAUGUAUCUACAGAAACACAGACUCUCUGAAACCGGACUAUCUCGCUACAGUUGAUGUUGACCCAAAGUCCUCUACCUACUGUCAGGUGAUCCACCGGCUGCCGAUGCCGAACCUCCGUGAUGAGCUGCAUCACUCUGGAUGGAACGCCUGCAGCAGCUGCUUCGGAGACGCCUCCAAGAAACGCAACCGCCUCAUCCUGCCCUCGCUCAUCUCCUCCAGGGUCUAUGUGGUGGACGUUGGCACGGAUCCACGAGCCCCACGCAUGCACAAGAUGGUGGAGCCAGUGGAUCUGUACUAUAAGUGUGGUCUUGCGAACCCUCACACCACCCACUGUCUGGGCAGUGGUCAGAUCAUGAUCAGCUGUAUGGGAGACCCCUCUGGUAAUGGGAAAGGCGGUUUUGUUCUGCUUGAUGGUGAGACGUUUGAGGUAAUCGGGAACUGGGAGCACCAGGGGGAGGCAGCUCCUUUUGGAUACGACUUCUGGUACCAACCCCGACACAACGUGAUGAUCAGCACUGAGUGGGGGGCUCCCAAAGCUCUGCUGAAUGGAUUCAACCCAGUCCACGUCCAAGAAGGUCACUACGGCAAAUCCCUCCACGUCUGGGACUGGACCACACACAAAAAGCUGCAAACUGUGGAUCUAGGUGAAGAUGGUGCUAUUCCCCUGGAGAUCCGGUUCCUCCAUGACCCUGAUGCCACCGAGGGUUACGUUGGCUGUGCUCUGAGGGGAACUGUGUUCAGGUUCUACAAGACCCCGAAAGGUGACUGGGCUGCAGAGAAGGUGAUCAGGGUUCCCAGUAAGAAGGUGGAGGGCUGGACGCUGUCAGAGAUGCCAAGUCUGAUCACAGACAUCCUCAUCUCCCUCGACGACCGUUACCUGUACUUCAGCAACUGGCUGCAUGGAGACAUCAGGCAGUAUGACAUCACAGACAGGAGGAAGCCCCGAUUGGUUGGACAGGUGUUUCUGGGAGGGAGUAUACUCUGUGAUGGUCCAGUCAGAGUCCUGGAAGACCCCGAGAACCAGCCUCAGCCCAAACCCUGCAUCAUCCAGGGAAAACGUAUUCAUGGAGCUCCUCAGAUGUUGCAGCUGAGUUUGGAUGGCCGUAGACUUUACGUGACAACAUCUCUGUACAGUGGCUGGGACAAGCAGUUCUACCCCGACAUGAUUAGAGAGGGAUCCGUCAUGAUGCAGAUCGAUGUGGAUACAGUGAACGGUGGUCUGACCCUGAAUGAAAACUUCCUGGUGGACUUCGGUAAAGAACCAGAGGGGCCUGCGUUGGCCCAUGAGCUGCGGUAUCCAGGAGGAGACUGUACAUCUGACAUCUGGAUCUGAAUUACUGUCUGAAUAUGUUAAACCAUGUGUCAGUAUGCCUCUAACAAAAUAGUCUCUGUCAAGAAAAAUUUGCUUUGUUCUGAUAUUAGCAAACAUAUAAAACCCGUUAACAUUUUUUCCAUUCCGUUUUUUUUCCGCCCAGCUAAAACCAAGAAAUGAACACAUGAAAAUGAAAGAUCCUUUUAAAGAAACAUGAAUAAAAUGUUAAAAAAGUAAUAAUAAUAAAAAUCAUCUCAGUCAAUAAAAUAAUGAGCAUUUCAGCUAAAUAUGUUUUAAUAUUUAUCUUUAGUGUUUGCCUCUGGUGACCAAAAACGUUUCUAUUUCCAGGUGUUUUUUGUUUUGUUUUGUUUUGUUUUGUUUUAUUUUUCUUUCAUUUUUAAUCUCUACAGCUAAUGAUGAUUUUCAUUGUUGAUUAUGCUGUUCAUCAUUUUCAUUAUGAAUUGAUUGGUUAACCAAACUGUUAUAACACAAUCAUAUAAUAAUCAUGUUUACAAUGAAAUAUGAAGUCAUAUAUAACAGACCAAUGUAUCAUCGUCUGGAGUUUUAAAUAAUAUUUUACCAUCUCUUCUCAUUUUGUAUCAUAUCUUUUCAUACUGAGAUUUACAUUUCUGCUUGAACUGCUUUUAUAACAUUUCACUUUCUUGUAAAUUACUUGUUUUGUCUUCAUGUUACAGCAAUACUGUCACUGGCCACACUAUCCACACUGUGAAAAUAAAGUUUAAGCAUCAUAAGUUUAAUUUAUUCACCAACACAUCACACUGAAUAUAUUAAAGAAAUACUCCACCCCUUAUAGAAUGUAUGUUAUAUCAUAUUUUAAAUGUUACCUUAUACUUCAUAUUUUGUAUGUUGACUACUGUCCUACAGGAGAGAACAGAUCAAAAGAAACGAAGAUGAUCCUGAUAUUUAUUUGAAGAUUGCUGUGCAUAUUUACUGAUUAAUCAUGUAGGAGUUUAGAAUUAAUGAAAAAUAAAUAAUGACCAUUA